CAGUAAGCACAGGGAGGGACUUCUGGGGAAAUAGAAACUCAGCCUUGCACAUGUUAGCAUACGGUGUUCGUUUCCCAACACCCACACAAACCCCAGCUCCCUCCCUCCUCACUCUAUAUGUUUUGUAUUCUAACCCAGAAAACAAGAGCCUUAUCAUCUUGCACAGGGCAUUUAACUACAAGCCGUAACACAGUCCAUGGAGGAAUGAUGGGGCUGUGGAUGCUGCUGCUUCUACAUUUACACCUUGGUAAUGCUCCCUGGAUUGAAGUGGUGUGUGCUUCCCUCCCUGCACCUGCUAGUGUCUCCAUCUCUUCCUUCAACAUGGAGCACAUACUCAGCUUCCUGCCAGGCCCCGGGACGCCCUCCAACACACACUUCAUGGUCCAAACCAUCCGUCCCAGGAAGAACUCAUGGAGACUAGUGGCAGGCUGUUCGGAGCUGAUGGCUGGACAGACAUGUAACCUAACCAAAGUGUUCAAAGACCCGUAUGACAAGUACCAAGCCCGCAUCCAGGCCUUCACACCUACUCAGACAUCCAACUGGACUGUAUCACAAUGGUUCCAGCCCCUGACAGACACUGUGUUAGAACCUCCCGAUGUGUCUGUGUCCGGCUGUGGGAACUGUUUGAUCAUGCAGCUCAAAGUUCCUACAACAAGAGGGUUGAAGGACCUCUACAGAGGAGUCACCUUCCAUGUGCAAAGGACUAGGGACGGGGCACAGUUCAGUCUGACUCUGCCUUUCAAAGAGAAGAAUGUGAUCACAUACCUGCAGCCAGGUGUGGAAUACUGUGUGACUGUGUCUGUGACAGGACUCUUCACCUCCAAACCUGUCUUCAGUAAACCUUACUGCGCCUUCACCAGCCCUCCUCCACACAGAGGUUCACUGAAUGUGGUCUUCAUCUUGCUGGGUGUGUUCUGUAUGCUGGGGUUCCUCCUCAUUGGACUGGUUGCAUAUGGUGGUCAGCUGAACUUCAAGCUAUUAAAACGACACCUACCCAGAAGUCUGGUAAUUGAGCCAACUCUGUGUUCUGUGUGCCUUAGACUUUUCUCUCAAAAUUUUUAAUUCAAUUCAGUUAAAUUCACUUUUAUUUGUAUAGCGCCAAUUCACAACAAAAGUCUUCUCAGGACACUU